UUCUCUGAGGAGCAGGGUCGACCUGUUGAAGCUGCCCUUGUCUCUGUCGGCCAAGGCGGUCGCCGCCCGCAAACUGAAAGAGGGGGGCUCGGGGUCUCGAGGGGGGGGAGGCGGAGGAGGAGGGGGGAACAGCCGCCCCCGCAAGAUCAGCGGGCAGCGCAGCGGAGAGGAGACACCAAGGGGGCGAGACAUGGACAACGAAUCUCAGUACUCUGGGUACUCCUACAAGUCUGGACACUCCCGCAGCUCGAGGAAGCACCGGGAUCGCAGGGACAGGCAUCGCUCUAAGAGCCGAGAUGGAAGUCGGGGUGACAAGUCUGUGACGAUCCAGGCUCCAGGGGACCCCCUGCUGGAGAACGAGUCGACGAGAGGAGACGAGCGAGACGACAACUGGGGAGAGACGACCACGGUGGUGACCGGCACCUCGGAGCACAGCGUGUCCAACGAGGACCUGUCCCGCAUCGCCAAGGACGUGGACGAGUCGGCAGCCCCGGACUGCAGGCGCUACCUGGGGACUGCUCUGUCUGGGGCCCUGGGCCUGUUCGCCUUCCUCACUCCCGUCGCUUUCCUCCUCCUCCCUCAGCUCCUCUGGCGGGAUGACCUGGACCCUUGCGGGACCCCCUGCGAGGGUCUGUACGUUUCCCUGGCCUUCAAACUCCUGGUCCUGCUCAUCGCCUCCUGGGCUCUGUUUCUCCGCCCGCCCCGGGCCGCUCUGCCCCGGGUUUUUGUCUUCCGCUCCCUCCUCAUGGUGCUGGUCUUCCUCUUCGUGGCGUCCUACUGGCUGUUCUACGGCGUGCGGGUGCUGGAGCCGAGGGAGCGCGAUUACCGGGGGAUCGUGGAGUAUGCCGCCUCCCUGGUCGACGCCUUGCUGUUUAUUCAGUACCUCGCGAUCGUCCUGCUGGAGAUUCGGCAAAUUCAGCCGGCCUUCAGCGUCAAAGUGGUGCGCACGACCGACGGGGCGAGCAAGUUUUACAAUGUCGGGCACCUCAGUAUCCAGCGGGCGGCCGUGUGGAUUCUGGAGCAGUAUUACAGUGACUUCCCCGUGUAUAACCCGGCCCUGCUCAACCUCCCCAAGUCCAUCCUCUCCAAAAAGAUGUCCGGGUUUAAAGUCUACUCGCUGGGGGAAGAGAACAGCACCAAUAACUCGACUGGUCAGUCCAGAGCGAUGAUCGCGGCCGCGGCUCGGAGGAGAGACAACAGCCACAACGAGUAUUACUACGAGGAGGCGGAGAUGGACCGCAGGGUUCGCAAACGAAAAGCCAGGCUGGUGGUGGCGGUAGAGGAAGCCUUCACCCACAUCAAGCGGCUCCAGGCAGAGGAUCAGAAGAACCCGCGUGAGGUCAUGGACCCCCGCGAGGCGGCCCAGGCGAUCUUCGCCUCCAUGGCCCGGGCCAUGCAGAAGUACCUUCGCACCACCAGGCAGCAACCCUUCCACAGCAUGGAGGGGAUCCUGCAACACCUGCAGUUCUGCAUCUCCCACGACAUGACGCCCAAGGCUUUCCUGGAGCGCUACCUGACUCCCGGCCCCACGGUGCAGUACCACAAAGACAACACCGCGGGGCGCCAGUGGACGCUGGUGAGCGAGGAGCCAGUGACGUCAGCGCUCCGGGAGGGGGUGGUCUUCGCUCUCAAGCGGCUCGACUUCGCCCUCGUGGUGACGGCGAGGAGGAUCCCCUUCCUGCAGGUGUGCGAGGAGUUCGUGGACCCCAAGAGCCACAAGUUCGUCAUGCGGCUGCAGUCGGAGACCUCCGUGUGAAAGACGGGGGGUGACCCGGUUUCGAGGGCUUUUUGAAGGAGAGCGACAGAGAGGCGGGAAAGCCAAUUUUUUUUUUUUUUUUGCGGUACAGGUGGCCACUGAGUUUGCCUGUUUUGGAAAUUUUUAUUUUUGGUUUUGGUUUUUUCUCUCCGUUGUAGAGUGCGUUUUGAGGUGACUGUGGAGUUUGCCUGUUUGGAAAUUUUAUGUUUUGAAGACCAAUGUGAAGUGUUUAGCUCUCCUUUUUUUUUUUUUUUAGAAAAAAAGUCUCUAAAAAGAGUCUUGGAAUAGGGGUGAAUAAUGUUUUGGGCUGGGGGUUCGGUGUGGAUGCAGAAAAAGCGAGCAGUGCCAUUUCAGGGGGAGCAUGAAGCCUCUCUGUCUGGCUUGUAACUUGGUUUCAGGAGACUCGGGUUCAACAGGCCAGGGAGACUCUGGGUUUGAUACAGCCUCCUCAAACUGGGUCUCCCGCCGGACUGGGGGUCUCCUGGAACCAGAUUUCGAUUCGCCGCUCGUUCCUGAAGAAACAGCGGCUUUGUCUUACAACUCUACCGCGGCCUUAAUUUCUAAUAAAUUUAAUAAGAACAACGUUAGUGUGUGUGUUUGAAAGAAGUGUGUGUGUGCUUAAUUGAGUCAUAUCCUCUUCAUGUUUUUAAUUCCUUUUUUUUUUUUAAUGACACAAGUCAACUUUUGUUGUUCAGAGUUUAUUGACCCUAAGAUUUGAAAGAACUAUUGAUUUUAUUAUUAAUGUAGCCAGUACAGCUUUUCAAUAAAAU